AUGUCCGCUCCCACAGACUCCCCCGAGAAAUAUGAAUUGAAAAACACCACCACCGACGCCAGCAACAGCGAUUCAUCGCCUCCCCUGGCCCACGCACAAACAACCCAUUCCUCCCACGUUGAUUACGGCCACUUUGGGCCCCUCGCGCAUGUCAACACCGCAGAGACCACACUGCCCGCCUUCGGCGGUGAAUUCCAGCCCGGUCUCUAUCGGUCCCCUAAGAACCGCAAGACGGCUAAUCCUGCGCCUUUGGGUCUUUGCGCUUUCGCCUUAACCACAUUCGUGCUGGGGUGCAUCGAGAUGAAUGUGCGGGAUAUCACCGAGCCGAAUAUCAUCGUCGGAUUGGCAUUCUCGUAUGGUGGAUUGGUUCAGCUUUUAGCUGGCAUGUGGGAAAUGGCCGUCGGAAACACCUUCGGAGCCACCGUUCUCUCCUCCUACGGCGGAUUCUGGAUCUCCCUCGCCAUCACCUUCACGCCCGGUGGGUUCGGAAUCAUGGGCGCCCUGGAAAAAGCCGCUAAUGGGAAGCCCUCCAUGUUCUACGACUCAUUUGGCCUAAUGUUAAUGGGCUGGUUCAUCUUCACAACCCUCAUGCUGUUCUGCACGCUCAAAUCCACAUUCGCGUUCUUCACGCUCUUCUUCGUCGUCGACAUCGCUCUUCUUCUGCUGGCAGUGGGGUAUAUCCACCGCGGCGCCGACGGCGCACCGAACAAGAACCUGAUGAAGUCGGGCGGGUUCUUCGCGCUGCUGGGCUCUUUCUUGGCCUGGUAUAAUGCCUUUGCGGGUAUUGCGGACGACAGUAAUAGUUUCUUUAUUGUGCCGGUGGUGCAUUUCCCGUGGUCGGAGAAGGGGCGGGAGUCGAGGCGCGCGAAGGUAGCUGCUGCUGGACAGGGGGCUUGA